AUGGGAGAUUGGCAGGCUCUGGCGGCUGCUCACCGAGCGAAGCAAAAUGAAUCCAUCCCUGCGGAAUGGAGGCUCGACAAGAAUCUCCUCGCUGAGAUCAGCGGCGAAGGAACGGACGAUGCUGGACGUCUUGUUAGAUCACAAGCUGUCAAGAAAAGUCGUCUUCUGACGGAAAAGGAGCUGGAGAUCACGGACAACUUUACGGCUACGCAGCUACUUGACAAGAUCGCGCGGCGGGAGCUGACGUCCCUCGAGGUGGCAACAGCAUUUUGCAAGCGAGCUGCUCUAGCACAGCAAUUGACAUCUUGCCUGACAGAGAUAUUCUUCGAUGAAGGAAUUGAACAUGCCAAGUGGCUCGACAAGUAUCUGCAAGAAGAGGGUCAUGUCGUCGGACGGCUCCAUGGCCUUCCCAUCAGUCUCAAGGACUCAUUCAUUGUGAAAGGGCAGCAUGCAACUGUCGGGUAUGUGGAGGCUCUUAGAAGGCCAUUGUUGGACGAUACAUCCACGCUCGUCGAUAUGCUCCUUGAUGCUGGCGCGAUCAUCUAUUGCAAAACAAAUGUUCCCCAGACAAUGAUGACCGCCGACUCUGAGAACAACCUAUUCGGACGCACUCUCAACCCUCACAACACCAAACUCACAGCCGGAGGCUCCACCGGUGGCGAAGGAGCCCUGCUGGCUUUCAAGGGGUCACCGCUCGGGGUGGGUACCGAUAUCGCUGGCUCCAUCCGCAUCCCCUCGUUGUGCUGCGGUAUCUACGGGUUCAAGCCGACCGCCGAGCGCGUGCCAUUCAGUGGCAACACUCGGGGCCCGUUCCCUCGACUGCGCAUCCCGGGAGGCGUCAUCCCGGCUGCGGGACCCAUGGGCAACUCCGUCGAGGACCUCGAGCUCUUCAUGCGCGUAAUCACGGACAUGCGUCCCUGGAAGUAUGACGCUACGGUGCACGAUGUUCCCUGGAGAAGACAGGAGACUGCUGGCGGGAAGGUACUCACUAUCGGUGUGCUUCCCGAGGACGAGACGUACAGGCUGCAGCCGCCGGUCCGCCGAGCGCUCGACUCGGCCGUCGAAGCCUUGGCUCGCGCGGGCCACAAGAUUGUGCACCUGCCCCGUGACGACUCUCGCAGCGUCGCACUCGGGGCCGUUCUUGGGUUCUACUGCUUCGGCCUCGGGGGGCCGCCACUCGACAAUCUGGAGGAGGAGUUCAAGGAGCCUCUGAUCCCCUCGGUCAAGCGGGGCGUUCACCCUUUCGGCAGCGCCUCGUUCUCCAUCCCUCAAGACCUUGACUUCCCCCAGCUGCUCGACAGGAUAACCGGUGCCCGCUCAGAGUAUUCUGACAGCUGGAAGCGAACGUGGAUCACCCAUGACCUCGAUGUGAUUAUCGGGCCGGGAGCACAGCACACUGCUGUCCCCCAUGACACGUAUGGCAAUCCGGUCUAUACCCUGGUGUGGAAUGUGCUUGAUUACCCUGCCGGUAUUAUCCCGUACGAGGAGGUUCGAAAAGAGCACGACCCUCACCAUGUCAAGGCCACCGCUCCUUUUGACCCCCACUAUGACCCUGAGGAGCUCCACGGUGCUCCAUGUGCCCUUCAAAUCGUUACACCCCGAUUCAGGGAUGAGGAGUGCCUGAGCGCCAUGCGCAUCAUAGACGAGGUACUACAUCGCAAGCAAUGA